AUGGGGGAUACUUUAUUCCAAAACAACCAUGGAAAUGGAAAUGACAUGACUAAGAUUGUGGAAGGGCGAAACCCUCCUAUCUUUUUAGGGCAAGAAGACCCUCUUGUGCUAGAGGAUUGGUUGGUCCAGCACUACGACAGAGGGAUUACUAGGGUAGAAAAGUACAACGAGUAUUACUCUGAGUUUAUUAAUUUAGCCAGGUUUGCUCCCGCCUUAGUUCCUGAUGAGCCUAGCGAAGCAAGAGCUACGAACUCUUUUGUAUCUUCUAUCUUUGUUAAUAAAGUAGGGUUGGUACCAACUUCAGAAAUAAGAAUAGCUGUCAAGACCCCUACAUGUAGUGUGUUAGCUUUGUUGGGGAUGGAUUGGCUUGGUAAAUAUAAAGCCAAGAUCAUAUGUGAUAGGCAAAAAGUGACGUUGAGAAGCACUGAAGGGGAAGUGUGUGACAUAUCGAGGAGCUACGAGCAGAUCAGGAAUCAAGUUAGUGCCUAUGAUGAAGGUCCAGAAGAUAUUGAUUCCAUAGAGGAAGCACUCGAAGAGAUAGCGGUAGUGAAGGACUUCCCAGAUGUCUUUCCCGAGGAGAUACCUGGCAUGCCGCCAGAAAGAGUGGUAGAAUUCACAAUUGACUUGGUACCUGGAACAACACCCAUUUCAAAGAUAGCUUACAGGAUGGCACCGAAGAAGAUGCAAGAAUUGAAGGAACAACUUCAAGAAUUGCUAGACAAGGGCUACAUUCGGCUAAGUAUAUCACUGUGA